AUGUCAAGUUGCUCCAACUUGACUGCUCCUCUGUCAGUCCUCUGUCUGUCAGUGGACGUGGUCUUCCUGAGCUCUUUAUCAGUCCUCAUAAUGUGUGGAAACCUUCUCGUAAUAAUCUCCAUCGUUUACUUCAAACAGCUCCACACUCCUACAAACUACCUGAUCCUCUCUCUGGCUGUGGCUGACCUGUUAGUAGGGGUUUUAGUUUUGCCUUUUAGCCUGAUACUCUUUGUAAGUUCAUACUGGUAUCUUCAAGAUUUACUCUGCAGGGUACGAGGCAGCUUUGAUAUGUUGCUGUGCAGUUGUUCUAUUUUGAACUUGUGCUGUAUUUCUGUUGACAGAUUUUAUGCAGUGUGUCAGCCUCUGAGGUACAGAAUUAAAAUAAAUGUCCGUGUUGUUGGGCUCAUGAUCCUGGUGACCUGGACUGUUUCUGCUAUAAUUGGAAUCGUCGUCACAUUUUGGGCACCAAAGCAAGGACAAAAUUCCAGGAGGUGUGAUGUAUUUCAAACUAAAAGUUCAACAAUUAUGGGAGCUUUUUUUGCAUUUUACAUCCCAGCCAUUGUAAUAGUUACCAUCUACCUAAAGAUUUUGAUGGUGGCACAGAGACAGGCACGCAGGAUCCUGAACACGAAAAAGUCUGGGGCAACUGUCAGUAAGAUGGAAAAGAAGGCUACUAAAACUCUGGCUCUUGUGAUGGGGGUUUUUCUGAUGUCUUGGACUCCUUUCUUUCUGUGUGUCACCAUCCACCCUUUGAUCGAUUAUACAAUACCUUCUCAUGUGAUUCAAAUAUUCAAGUGGCUUGGAUGGUCUAAUUCAAUGCUCAAUCCAUGUGUCUAUGCUUUCUUCUACAGCUGGUUUCGAUCAGCUUUUAGAAUGAUCAUUACGGGGAAAAUAUUUCAAGGUGAUUUUUCGAACUCUAAGCUAGCAAGUGUAGGGAACCUAUUGACAUAA